AGAAGAAAAUGGUUUGAUAAAUGAGUAUACGGUGUUCCGCCAUGGCCGAUGCAGUAAUAGACGAUUAAGAAAGGGAAUGGGAGAGGUAGAUGAAGCAAAUCGAAUGAACGGGUUGAUUAUAGAUGAAGGAUCCUCCGCAAUAAAAUACAUGGGCCCCGCUUUGUCUUUAUAGUCAGAACAAUAAUAGUAAAUUAGUAUCGUGUUAUGGAACGAACCGUUCCAUAUAUGUUUUCCGAUUUUAUUAAGAGGAGAGGAUAACAAACAGUCCAGUCUUAUCUUUGUGUCGUUGUCAGGCAAACUUUAUCUUCUACCUCCAACGAACUGCGAACUUUCUUUCUGUAGAGAGUGGAGAGUAGUAUUCAAGACCCUGAAAAUUCACUCAGUUUAUGACUGAAGGAGCUCAAAAGAAAAGAUGCCUUUCCAAACAGCAACCAUAUCAUCUCCACCUCUGCAAAACCAUCAUCUCUUUUCUCUUUCUCAUUCUCCUUCUCUCCUCUCACUUGGGUCUUUUAAGUGUAGUCCCUACAAGCAUUCUUCUCAGGCCCUUUUUCAGCACUGUAGUUCACCAGACUUGACAACCCUCGGAACAGGCCAUGCCCUGAAUAAUACAAGAUUUCUCAAUUUGCAGAUACAUCAAAGGGAAUUGGCAAUAGAAUCGUAUGACUCAACAACAUCUAAGAGAAACUUGAGCAACAUGUUGAAUAUUAAGGAUAAUAUGCACAUGAAGAGGCUUUUAAUUUGGUUAUCAACAUUCUCAUGUGGACAAAUCUCGUUAUUGAUUUCUGCACAAGUGGCACAUGCACAUGAAAAUAUCAAAACAGAUGCACUUUAUGAUGUUGGGGAGUUAUUUGAAUUGGGAAUCCAACUGUCUUAUCUACUCUUACUAUUAGCUUUACUGGGGGUUGGAACUUUCUUUGUGAUCCGUCAAGUCCUUGUGCGUAGAGAGCUUGACCUUUCCGCAAAAGAAUUGCAGGAACAAGUAAGAAGCGGUGAUGCCAGUGCAACUGAGCUUUUUGAACUUGGUGCAGUUAUGCUAAGGAGGAAAUUUUAUCCUGCUGCUACUAAAUAUUUGCUUCAAGCAAUUGAUAAAUGGGAUGGUGAUGAUCAGGAUCUUGCCCAGGUUUACAAUGCCCUCGGUGUCUGUUAUGUCCGUGACGGGAAACUUGACAAAGGGAUUGCUCAGUUUGAAACUGCAGUGAAGAUUCAACCAGGUUAUGUCACAGCUUGGAAUAACCUCGGUGAUGCAUACGAGAAGAAAAAAGACUUGAAAUCUGCUCUCAGGGCAUUUGAAGAAGUGCUACUUUUUGAUCCUAACAAUAAGGUUGCUCGGCCUAGGCGAGAUUCAUUGAAGGAUCGUGUGCAAAUGUACAAAGGAGUUCCUGUCAAAUCUAAGGAAAGAUGAUUUGGAGCUUCCACUCUCAAAUAAAGUUCCUGUUUCGGUAAUUCAAAAGUAGAAGUUUUUUCACUAAUGAAUCGAUAUAAUUGGUUAUCAUAACAUGAUUGAGCUUUUCUCCUCCAAUUUUCCUGUACUUGACAAAGUAAUUAUUGAGACCUAGGUGUAAAAUAAGUUCCAUGUAUGUUCUCUUCAUAAUGUGAUAAAUCAGACCAAUUGACCAAUGUGUACUAUUACUUAAACUAACUUUAUUAAAAAGGGGGAAAACAAGAAAAUCUUAAUUAUAACCAAUGUGUAAUAUAGAAAAGAUGAUAUUUUUA